CAGGGGAACACAGUUCCAUGGAGUAGAGCUCCGCCAACUGCUCAUGAUGCUUAUGUAACGCAGAAAGCUGAAGAAAUCGCUCAGUCAGAAUCUGUCGAUUUGAAAGCCGAAAUUCACGGUGGAUGGACGAUGGACAAUAGCAAACAGGCACUUAAUGAGUUUCUGCAAAAGAUGCGUCAACCAAGUAUCGCAUACAAUACACAUCUCAGAGAAGCGAAUAACUGCAGAACUUAUGUGGCCGAAGCGUCCGUAUUUGUACCUCAGCUUCGCAGACAAAUCUCUGGAAGAGGGCAAGGAUCAUCAAAGAAAGUUGCGGAGUCGAUCUGUUCGAUGGGCAUUGUUCGCCAGCUAUUCCAUCUUGGAAUUCUUGCUGAGUUCAAAGGCGAACGAAAGAAGACUACCGCUGCAACGCUUCCCGAAAUUCCCAUCAAUGUUCCUGACUACUUAGCUGAACGAGUGAAGGCUUUUGUGACAAAUUCCGGAGUGCACCCAAUCACCUUGAACCCAGAAGAAAAGCCGACAUCAGAAGCUCCCAAAUCUAUCCUUACCAACAUCAAGCUUGAUGAAUUUCCUGAGUCUCAAGUCAUGCCUGCCGGAAACAUCUCUUGGGCACCUCCAAUGCAAAACUGGAAUGCAUGGCGCGCUAGCAAUAUUGACGAACCACCACUGGCUUUCGUAAGUGCUGUUUAA